UUCAUAUUUUAUCAUACGCAUUUUAUAUUUUUCAAGAUAGAUAAACCAAAAGUUUUAAAUUCAUAAUGAAGGCAGAGAGUCUACAAUCAUAAUAGAAUGAGAUCUAUGAUAGAACUAGGAAUGCUGAAGCUUUCGUAGUGCCUCUCUCAUCUCUCUCGUAGCAGAAAGGGGUAACAGUAGUCAUUAGCAUCCCUUUAUGGAGAGUUCAGUGCUUAGCUACCAGCUGUAGAAAUUUUACCAUGCAUGUCCCUCUGUGGAAACUGUGCAACAAAAGCAGAGAGCGUUUUAGCUCCUUUAUCUGAAAAUGUCUUGGAAACUUAGUCCCCUAAAACUAAAUGCAUUCAAACAACCCUCGGACUUCCGGUCAUAAAUACCCAACUCAUUCUGCUGCUUCCAUCCACACCUCCAUAUACAAUCCCCUGCUACCGGAAGUGCAGUUUCUUCAUCUUCACAUAAUCUCAACACCUUCUUCCAAUCUUCACUCUACCGCUGUUCUAGAUCAUGAUGGGUACUUUUCUGUUGUUCAUGAUUUUUCUUCCUCUCCUAUGGACCUCCCAAUUAGUUCGUGGACAACUUGUUCCUGCAAUCAUCACGUUUGGGGACUCGGCAGUUGAUGUGGGAAACAACAACCACCUGUAUACUCUGGUGAGGGCUAACUUUCCACCUUAUGGGAGGGACUUUGUUACACAUUCGCCUACUGGAAGGUUCUGCAAUGGAAAACUAGUCACAGAUUUUACAGCUGAAUCUCUUGGGUUUGCAAGCUACCCACCAGCAUACCUCAGUCCUCAAGGUUCUGGGAAGAACAUCUUGAUCGGAGCCAACUUUGCUUCUGCUUCUUCUGGGUUAUAUGAAAGGACUGCAGCCUUAUAUAAUGCUAUUCCUCUGUCCAGGCAGCUGGGUUAUUACAGAGAGUACCAGACUAAGCUGCACAGGGCUGCGGGGAAGGCGACAGCCUCGUCCAUCAUAAGUCAAGCAAUCUACAUUCUGAGUGCGGGAAGCAGCGACUUCAUUCAGAACUACUACAUCAACCCACUGCUGAACAGAGCUUACACCCCUGGGCAGUUCUCAGAUGUUCUAGUCCAGAGUUUCUCUUCAUUCGUUCAGGAGCUCUACGGGUUAGGUGCUCGGAGGAUUGGGGUCACGUCUCUGCCACCGCUGGGCUGCCUCCCUGCCUCCAUUACUCUCUUCGGCCUCGGCAGUAAUGACUGCGUCGAAAGGCUCAACACCGACGCCCUUUCCUUCAACCGGAAGCUGCACGCCGCUGCGCGUGCUCUCAGAAACGGACUGCCGGAGCUAAAGAUCGUGGUCUUCGACAUCUACGCUCCCCUCUACGAUCUUGUCACCAACCCCCUCAAACAAGGGUUUACUGAGGCGAGGAGGGCGUGCUGUGGGACAGGCACCAUAGAGACCUCAUUGCUCUGCAACGCCAACGCCCCUGGCACCUGCUCCAACGCCACCACGUACGUGUUCUGGGACAGCUUCCACCCUUCCGAAGCUGCCAACCAGCUCCUAGCCAACGCUCUCCUCCUCCAGGGCAUCUCCCUCAUCUCCUAGCUGCAUUCUCCAUCCUUAUAUAUAUAUGAACUCAUCGUCUCAUAGAACAUCAUAUAUAUAGUCAACCUUCUUUUGAGCUGUGGCUUAUAGAAAAUGUGAUCGUGUUGGUUUCGGAUAGUUGAGGUACUGUAACAUGUUUCAGACUUGGACUGUUUUUAUCUGGGGAGUAAGUAGCUGUCUAGUUCAUAGUGAUAAUUGUGUUUAACUUUUUCC